GCUGGCGCCAGCAAAUGGACUUUGGAAUCCGCGAUGGCGUCGCCAGCGCAAGCUUGCGCGUUUGCUGUCAAUGAGAUCAUGGCGACCGUCGCGCAGACCGCGGGCGUCUCUUCGUGCGCGCUCGUAGCGCAGGUCACGACCGGCUCGUUCAACUCGGCCGCCGUCGCGUCGUCCGACUGCAAGAGCACCAUUUGCAGCUUCCUCCUCCAGACGCUAGCGACCGGCUUUGCAUCGUCCGCGCUGGCCACCUGCACCUUGCACGACAGCGCGACCAACAGAGACGUUCUUGUCGGGGACAUUGGCGGUCUCUGUUCGGGCGGGAGUCUUCGGACAGCGACCACGGCCCGCCCGACUGCGACGCCCGCACCGACGCCCGCGCCGGAAGCCAACAACUCGGGCAUGAUCAUCGGUAUCAUUGUUGCGAUCGUUGUCGUCAUCGUGGUCGCGAUCGGUAUUAGCGUGCGACGUCGACGAGGCAAAGACGCCGGAACGCCCAACCCGUUGCCUUCCACGGCGGCUUCGUACGUGUCGCCGUCAUCGCUUCGAAUGAGCUACACCAACCAGAGCUACCCAACUUACGAAGGCCGGGAGUACACCAGCCUCGGUGCCGCGGCUGGCAGCUUCACGAGCGGCAGCACGUCGUCAACACAGUCGGAAGGUUCGCUCGACAUGUGCAAUCUCGAGGCGUACCGGCUGCCGACGACCGACAUCACCAUGGUCAAGUCGUUGGCGCGUGGAGCGUACGGUGAGGUCUGGCUCGGACGACAGCGCGACAACGUCGUCGCCGUCAAGAAACUCCUUGGGCACAAGCGCGACAAGCACGAGCUCCAAAAGUUCAUUUACGAAAUUGCACUUCUGGCCAAGCUCGAUUGCCCGUUUAUUGUGGCGUUCGUUGGCGUCGCAUGGACGCGCCCGAGCGACAUGCUCCUCGUCACCGAGUACAUGGACGGCGGCGACCUCCGCAACCUCCUCCAGGCCAACGCGUCGACCAAGGCGUUCUCGUGGCCUCAAAAGGUCCACGUCGCCUUGCACAUUGCCGAGGCGCUCGUCUAUCUCCACUCGCUCGAGCCCAAGAUCAUCCACCGCGAUCUGAAGUCGCGCAACGUCCUCCUCAACUCCAAGAUGGAUGCGAAGCUGACCGACUUUGGCGUCUCGCGCGAGACGGACGACGCAACCAUGACUGCCGGCAUUGGCACGUACCGCUGGAUGGCGCCCGAGGUGCUCCAAGACGGCCACUACACCGAGUCGGCGGACGUGUUUUCGUUUGGUGUGAUCCUCGCCGAGCUCAGCAACGAGAUCGUGCCGUACUCGGACUUGCGGAAUGCGAACGGCAACCCGUACACGGACACGGCGAUCAUGGCCAAGGUCAUGAAGGGCGAGCUGCAGCCGACGCUGUCGCCCAACUGUCCGCAGUGGUACGCCGAGCUCACGCAGCGGUGCAUGCAACGAAGGAACUUGGAUCGACCGAGCGCGUUGGACGUCGCUAUCGUCCUACGUCGGUCCUGUGCAGCGCUGCGGUAGGAAAGACCGUCGACCAAUUGCAUCAAAAAUCUGACGCGUGACGCGCCUUCCGACAACUUGAACUUGUCCGCACGCACACGCCAGUUCUUGACUCUACGCAUGUGUUUCACUUGACAGGUUGCCCUCGAGGAUGCAGGCGACGGCGGCUGCAGACACACUACGAGCAUGUGUGCAUGAACAAAAGCCUGCAUGGUCGUCCAAGCACCAAAGGUGUGUCCUUCGUCGCCGCCAAGAAGCUCAAAGUCGACGG